AUGUAUUCGAUGCUUCGGGUAUUGUCCUUGUUUCUUCAAGCUGGCUUCCUCACUCCGCAAGAUUACGAUUAUACCGACUACCCGGAGAUUUCAACAUAUUCCUUUACGAGAACCGGAAUACCAGUUGGGGUUCCAGAUGAAGCAAAAAGAUUGGAUGCGGGCACUUUGAAGGAAGCCUUGAAAGCGUGUAUAAAUCAAACUACAUGCGACUCGGUCGUUCAAUGCCUUUACCCAACUGUCUAUUAUCUGGUUGAUGGGGACACGGCGAUUACAGACGAUUCCAGCAUAAAUAUCUGCUUUUCGUUCCAGAAAACCGGGGAUCAAUGCUUUGGGGAAACCACAGCCCCGCCCUCCACGUUAUCUCUGCACCCGAUCACCCGGUAUCGUAUCGCCGGCAAAAGAUGGUACUUUAUCUGGAAGAAGGGCCUGUCCGCUGCUUACCCGGAUAUCUUCUAUUGUCAACGCAUCACGUGGAACUACUUGACCAAUGCCACGCAAUGCCCGGGCGUCGAGCCAUUCUACGUGACGCCCGAUGGCUCCUCGCUGGCGUUGCAGAAGACCUUAAAGAACAGCUUCGUCGGAUAUGUCUCGCCGACCAGUAACUCGGCGUGCGGCGCCACCCUUCCCAUCAUAGCCUACAGCCAAACUGUCGGAAUCGGAGCCGCCUCCACAACGUACAACUUCUACCUGGCCGAAGGGACGACAAGGAAUCCAGGAAAACGUCUUGGCAUCGUCUUCUAUGCGUGGUAUGGCGUCGGCGGGACGUGCAUCGACACGAAGAUGGACACAAACUGUGCUAUAUAUAAGAAGAUGUACCCGGUUUGCACGUCAUGCGUACAGCUAUUUUGUGCAAUCUACUACGUUAAGGGGCAGAAUUAUUUUGCGCGAACGUCCACCGUUGCCAACACGCAAUUUGUCGCCGGCAAUAUUGCUUAUCCAAAUCUCGCUCUUGCUAUGCGAAACUGCAUCACUUCCGAUGCGGAUUGUACGCAUGUACGCUGUUGCACAGUGACUGCUCCGGCUAGCUGUGUCAUCGGCAUGAUUGGAACGGUGGCCGUGCUGGAGGGCGAAAACGAACAGUGCAUCUACUACGCAAAACAAAGCGGCAUUUGCGCAAGCGCUUCCGCUGCGGCAAUUCAGCUUCCAGCUUCCGCCGCCGCCACGACCAGUACUGUCGAUUCCGAAAAGCCUACCACCUACCCGAGUACAAUACUCAAAAGCACCACAAUUAGUGAAACAACCACAUCCGUCGCUCCCCAGCACUUAAACGAAUCCCGCGAUUCCUCAGAGGCAGUGCCCAACUCGUUGGCGCCAACCGGAAUAUUACUCUUUGGACCAGGCUCGGCUGGGUCGCAAACC